AAGUUGAGGUGGGGCAGGGGCACCCUAUGAUUGUUCUGUUCUGGUACAUCCCUGCCUUUCUCUGACCUUUGGGAUCCCCUGGCUCUCACAAUGAACAGGUUCUGUGAUGGGGCGGAGGGAGGAGCAUCUCCUUUAGAGGGGCUGGCAAAAGCACACCAGUCACAGUCAUCCCUGGGGUGCUUUGUUAAGAUUGUUUUCCCCUUUUGUUAUGUUGGGUUUUGUUCUUUGGAUUUUGGGGGGUUGACAGUAUUUGAAAAUGAAUUUACACAACUCAAAAAAUGUGGUAAUAGUUGUAGUUGAAGAGAAAUGGCUGGUUUACUGGGCAGAGCGUCAGUCAUAAGUUUAGAAGACCUGGGCUCUGUCCCAGCUAUUUUGUGACUCCAGGUAAAUUGUUAGUAAGUUCCCUGGAAGGGUGAGGCUCGCCCCUCACUGCAGGCCUCAGUAGGGUUCAGUGGAGGUGAGUAAGAAGUAUUGCUCUGUAUUCCUUGUGGAAAAUGUGCUAUAGAACGUGGAGAUGCUGUUUUCCUAGCCAGGCCUAACAGGUGGGGAAGCUCGCUCUGUUCCCAUGCAGGCCAGCAGCACUUCAUUCAAGAAGACCUACUGAAGUUAGCGGGUUUAAAGGUCAGUAAGGAACAGACCAUAACAGCCAUAUAUGCAUGGCAUCAGUGGGGGACACAGAAAGGAAGAAAACAGUAAGAGGAUACCAUUUUUGUUCUCAAAAGAUCUUAUGGUUAGUAAUAUGGAGAGAUGUGACACUUGGCAAGAUAUACAAAUAAGUGCAAAUGACAAUGGCUGCCUGUGUUGAUAUGGCUGUAUAAAGAAAUACAUAGAUACAGAUCGGCUGUGAGGAGGCGUGAGUCCCUGUCUCAGCCCGUGGGAUUUGUAUGUUUGUCUUGUGUGUUCAUCGAUAUUCGCUGAUUUGGGUGGUAAAGCCAAAGCCCUGACUUCUCCCGUAGCCUUGGGAACCCAAGCCCUAGCGCUGCGGGUGGGGAGGUCUUAUGAGACUCCCACAAAUGAAGUUCUGCACUCUGGGGUACCUCGGUUUGGUCUCAGGAUGGGUAGGGCCGUGCGCCUUUGCCUUGUAGAAUGGGACAUUCUUCUCCCACCUACUCUGUUGUGAGAAAAGAUUCCUUUCAUAUCUCUGGACUGAUCUAGGCCCUCUGAGAAUUCCCCCCCACUGACUUCUGAUGAGAGUACAGCUAAGUACUGAAGAAAGAGCUUUGAGUCAUUGAGAUGAGGCUUGGUUCCGGGGCCGACACUGCUUCCUCCCUGUGUAUCCAUCACAUGAAGCUGGGCGAGUCACGGUCAUAAUCUAUGCUCCUCAGUUUCCUCACCUAUAUAAUGGGGAUAUUAAGAAUACCUGCUUUUCAGGAGUGGUUGUACGUAUGAAAUGAAAUUGGAUAUGUAAGGGCUUGACAUAAAGGCACUCAAUAAAUCAGCUAAUACCUCAGCUACGUUUCCUUAUGCUCCUUUGUAAGGCUCUAUGGAAUUCGUGUGCGUGCGUGUAUCUCCUUGGGGUCGUGGAAGCUGAAACAGUGUGGUCUCCGGACUUGGGGCGCAUGGGCACAUCUGAGUUUUCUGCCUUCCCCAGAGAUGAAAGAGAUGAAAUUGCUUCCCUGAAAACAGAGCCGGCAAGUUCCAGGUGCCCAUACCGGAAACUUGCAGAUCCUGCCUCCUGCUUCCCAGGCCACAGCGGUGGGGGACUUAGGGUGAAGCAGUAAGUUUCUGUAUUCAGCUGCCCAGGCGGAGGAGAAUGGGGUCUCCACAGCCUGAAGAAUGAAGACAAGACAGAAUAAAGACUCAAUGUCAAUGAGGAGUGGCCGGAAGAAGGAGGCCCCUGGGCCCCGGGAAGAGCUGAGAUCGAGGGGCCGGGCCUCCCCUGGAGGGGUCAGCACAUCUAGCAGCGAUGGCAAAGCCGAGAAGUCUAGGCAGACGGCCAAGAAAGCCCGAGUAGAGGAAGCCUCCACCCCAAAGGUCAGCAAGCAGGGCCGGAGUGAGGAGAUCUCCGAGAGUGAAAGUGAGGAGACCAAUGCACCGAAAAAGACCAAAACUGAGCAGGAGCUCCCUCGGCCACAGUCUCCCUCGGAUCUGGAUAGUUUGGAUGGGCGGAGCCUCAAUGAUGAUGGCAGCAGUGACCCUAGGGAUAUCGACCAGGAUAACCGAAGCACGUCCCCCAGUAUCUACAGCCCUGGAAGUGUGGAGAAUGACUCCGACUCAUCUUCUGGCCUGUCCCAGGGCCCAGCCCGCCCCUACCACCCACCUCCACUCUUUCCUCCCUCCCCUCCACCACCAGACAGCACCCCCAGACAGCCAGAGCCUGGCUUUGAGCCCCAUCCUUCGGUGACAUCCACUGGAUAUCAUGCUCCCAUGGAGCCCCACACAUCUCGAAUGUUCCAGGCUCCUCCGGGAGCCCCUCCCCCUCAUCCACAGCUCUAUCCUGGGGGCACUGGUGGAGGAGUUUUGUCUGGACCCUCAAUGGGCCCUAAGGGGGGAGGAGCUGCCUCUUCAGUGGGGGGCCCUAGUGGGGGUAAGCAGCACCCCCCACCCACCACCCCCAUUUCAAUAUCAAGCUCGGGGGCUGGUGGUGCUCCCCCAGCAAAGCCACCUAACACUCCAGUCGGUGGAAACCUACCCUCUGCUCCACCACCAGCCACUUUCCCCCAUGUGACACCAAACCUGCCUCCCCCACCUGCCCUGAGACCCCUCAACAAUGCAUCAGCCUCUCCUCCUGGCCUGGGGGCCCAGCCACUACCCGGGCAUCUGCCCUCUCCCCAUGCCAUGGGGCAGGGGAUGGGUGGACUUCCUCCUGGCCCAGAGAAGGGCCCCACUCUUGCUCCGUCACCCCAUCCUCUGCCACCUGCUUCCUCCUCUUCUGCCCCAGCCCCCCCGAUGCGGUAUCCUUAUUCAUCCUCUAGUAGUAGCACUGCAGCAGCCUCCUCUUCCAGUUCUUCCUCUUCCUCCCAGUACCCGGCUUCCCAGGCAUUGCCCAGUUAUCCCCACUCCUUCCCUCCCCCAACCAGCCUCUCGGUCUCUAACCAACCCCCCAAGUAUACUCAGCCUUCUCUCCCAUCCCAAGCUGUGUGGAGCCAGGGUCCCCCCCCACCUCCUCCCUAUGGCCGCCUCUUAGCCAACAGUAGUGCCCAUCCAGGCCCCUUCCCUCCUUCCGCUGGGGGCCAAUCCACUGCUCACCCACCAGCCCCAGCACAUCACCAUCACCACCAGCAACAGCAGCAGCAGCAGCAGCAGCAGCAGCAACAGCAACAGCAGCAGCAACAACAACAUCAUGGGAGCUCUGGACCCCCUCCACCUGGAGCGUAUCCUCAUCCCCUGGAGAGCAGUAGCUCCCACCAUGCACAUCCUUAUGCCAUGUCUCCCUCCCUGGGGUCUCUGAGGCCCUACCCACCAGGGCCAGCACACCUGCCCCCACCUCACAGCCAGGUGUCCUUUAGCCAAGCAGGGCCCAACGGCCCCCCAGCCUCCUCCUCUUCCAAUUCCUCUUCCUCCUCUCAAGGGUCCUACCCAUGUUCACACCCCUCUCCUUCCCAGGGCCCCCAAGGGGCGCCCUACCCAUUCCCACCCGUGCCUCCGGUCACCACUUCCUCGGCUACACUUUCCACGGUCAUUGCUACAGUGGCUUCCUCGCCAGCAGGCUACAAAACAGCCUCCCCCCCUGGGCCCCCACCGUAUGGCAAGAGAGCCCCAUCCCCAGGGGCUUACAAGACAGCCACCCCACCGGCUUACAAGCCGGGGUCGCCGCCCUCCUUCCGAACGGGGACCCCACCGGGCUACCGGGGUGCCUCGCCGCCUGCAGGCCCAGGGACCUUCAAGCCGGGCUCGCCCACCGUGGGCCCCGGGCCGCUGCCACCUGCAGGGCCUUCUGGCCUGUCAUCCCUGCCGCCGCCACCUGCGGCCCCCGCCUCAGGGCCACCCCUGAGCGCCACGCAGAUCAAACAGGAACCGGCUGAGGAGUAUGAGACCCCCGAGAGCCCGGUGCCUCCGGCCCGCAGCCCCUCGCCCCCUCCCAAAGUGGUAGACGUGCCCAGCCACGCCAGCCAGUCGGCAAGGUUCAACAAACACCUGGACCGCGGCUUUAACUCGUGCGCGCGCAGCGACCUGUACUUCGUGCCGCUGGAGGGUUCCAAGCUGGCUAAGAAGCGGGCCGACCUGGUGGAGAAGGUGCGGCGCGAGGCCGAGCAGCGCGCGCGCGAAGAAAAGGAGCGCGAGCGCGAGCGGGAACGCGAGAAGGAGCGCGAGCGCGAGAAAGAACGCGAGCUGGAACGCAGCGUGAAGUUGGCUCAGGAGGGCCGUGCUCCAGUGGAGUGCCCAUCUCUCGGCCCAGUGCCCCAUCGCCCUCCAUUUGAGCCAGGCAGUGCUGUGGCUACAGUGCCCCCCUACCUGGGUCCUGACACUCCAGCCCUGCGCACCCUGAGCGAAUACGCCCGGCCCCACGUCAUGUCUCCUGGCAAUCGCAACCAUCCAUUCUACGUGCCCCUGGGGGCAGUGGACCCAGGGCUCCUGGGUUACAAUGUUCCAGCCCUGUACAGCAGUGACCCAGCGGCCAGGGAGAGGGAGCGGGAAGCCCGUGAAAGGGACCUGCGUGACCGCCUCAAACCUGGCUUCGAGGUGAAGCCCAGUGAGCUGGAACCCCUCCACGGGGUCCCAGGGCCAGGUCUGGAUCCCUUCCCGCGACACGGGGGCUUGGCUCUGCAGCCUGGGCCACCCGGCUUGCACCCUUUCCCCUUCCAUCCAAGCCUGGGGCCCCUGGAGAGAGAACGUCUAGCGUUGGCGGCUGGGCCUGCUCUGCGGCCCGAUAUGUCCUACGCCGAGCGUCUGGCAGCUGAGAGGCAGCACGCGGAAAGGGUGGCUGCCCUGGGCAACGACCCCCUGGCCCGGCUGCAGAUGCUCAACGUGACCCCCCAUCACCACCAGCACUCCCACAUCCACUCUCACCUGCACCUCCACCAGCAGGAUGCCAUCCACGCAGCCUCUGCCUCGGUGCACCCUCUCAUUGACCCCUUGGCCUCAGGGUCUCACCUUACCCGGAUCCCCUACCCAGCUGGGACCCUCCCCAACCCCCUUCUUCCUCACCCUCUGCACGAGAAUGAAGUUCUUCGUCACCAGCUCUUUGCUGCUCCUUACCGGGACCUGCCAGCCUCCCUCUCUGCCCCGAUGUCAGCAGCCCACCAGCUGCAGGCCAUGCACGCGCAGUCCGCUGAGCUGCAGCGCUUGGCACUGGAGCAGCAGCAGUGGCUGCACGCCCAUCACCCGCUGCACAGCGUACCGCUGCCGGCCCAGGAGGACUACUACAGUCACCUGAAGAAGGAAAGCGACAAGCCGCUGUAGAAACCUGCGAUCAAGAGAGCACCCAUGGCCCCCGCAUCUGGACCCUGGAGGCCUCCCUCCCCGCCUGCCACUCAGAGCCAAGGGAGGGGCGGUGCUGCUCAGUUUCAGGGCCUUGGGGCCACUGAGCAGAGGGAGGAAGGAAGGGACAGAUGGAAGGCCAAGGCUCCUGUGGUGUGCGGAGGUGGGGAGGUGGCGGGGGUGGGGGCAGAAAGCGCACAGUAUCUUGGACCAGGUCCCUCUCCCUUGUCCCCCCCGGCUUUCUUCCUCCCUGACGUCCAACCCCGUGGCCACCGCCCCUCCCCGACCCCGUUGGUGUGAUUAUUUCAUCUGUUAGAUGUGGCUGUUUUGCGUAGCAUCGUGUGCCGCCCUUUCCCCUCCCCAGUCCCCGUGUGCGCGCCCCCACUGCGAUGUAUGCCCCUUCCCCCACAUUAAUAAUUUAUAUAUAUAAAUAUCUAUAUGACGCUCUUUAAAAAACAUCCCAAACAAAACCAACCAAACAAACAAAAAAAUCCUCACGACUCCCCAGGAA